CAAGAGUCUACACAGUAGGUCAAGUGUUGUUUAAUUUUGUUAAGUUAACCAGGCUAAAGACUAAAAUUGAAACAUCAAAAGAGUCUUGUUUGGAUUCUAUCCUGGUUCUGAUGAAGUGGUACAUUUUUGUAGGUUUCAUACAUUACCUGUCCUGAUCUGAGGUUAGUUCACUUCAAGUCAGUCAACAGGCAGAUAUAACAUGCAUAUGCUGUGGCUGCCAUUUUUGGUUUUGGUUAUACGGGCAGAGGAGCAGUAUUUUCUUCUGUACAGUGGCACCAAUGGCACCACUGGCACCAAUGGAACCAAUGGCACCAGUGGCACCACAUGGAAUGAUGCAAGGCUCUAUUGUCAGGUCUGUUACAAAGAACUGGCCACCAUCACUAGUAGAAAUGUCCACCUCAUCAUGCAGAACCUUUCUUCAGACUACUGGAUUGGACUUCGCAAGAGUUUCAAUGGCUCCAUACCAUGGUCCAGAUGGUCCAAUGGGGAUCCUGUUACAUAUCAGAACUGGUACCCUGGUCGUCCUGUGCCAAAGAAAGUUAUUCCUAAAUGUUCCUCAACUACACAAACUCCUCUGUCUACACCAGUGAAUACCCCAAUGACUUCUCCAGAUACAACUCCAGUGACUACUCCAGUGACUUCUCCAGGGACAACUCCAGUGACUUCACCAAUGACCUCUACAAUGACUUUUCCAGAGACCUCUCCAAUGACUUCAGGAACCUUUUCAGUGGCUACUACAAGUAACAAAACAGAGGACCACUGUCCUCUACUGACAAAAAUACUUUUUUGCUUAAAUAUGACAUUAGAUGAAUUGGAUGCUCAAUACAAUAUACCCACUCCUCCUCAGAGUGCACCCGUUAAUCCACAGAGUGUCACCCCUAGUUCCACCACUAGUACCACACCUAGUUCCACACAUAGUGUGACCACUACCGGCACCCCUGAUACCACAUCAUAUAGCACCACAGCAUAUAGCACCACAGCAUAUAGCACCACAGGCAGCCCUUGCAGCACAGAACCCGAUCAAGAUCCCGAUGAGUAUAUUAAGGAUGCUUGUGUGGCCCUUCUCAGCUUUGGUAUGUGGAAGGAAAAACAGUGCUACGAAUUUCUCCCUUUCAUCUGUUAUGAUGAGCGUUUCUUUGGGGAAAUAAACGUUGCCAAUGAGACCACACAUGAAGGCUAUCUAUACUGGAGUGAGGGACCCGGUGAGAACAUCAGCCACUACAGAGUGGAAGUCACAGGGGACCACAACCAGACAUUUAAUGAGACUGGCCUGUCCAAACAAAUACUGAAUCUCACACCAGGAACUCGAUACAAUGUUCAAGUAUUCCCAGUGAAGUGUGGCAGGGAUCUCAACCCUCAGAAUGUCUCCUUUUACACCAAGCCUUCUGGUGUUCAUAACCUGACAGUAGUGUGGGUGACGAAUGAUAGCGUCAAACUUAACUGGACAAAACCAGAAGGAAGCUAUGACUUCUACUCAGUUCAAGUGUCAGGCAAAUCAGGAACCAAAACGUCUGAAACUGAUGUCAUUACGGGUCUUAUACCAGGCAAUAAGUACAAUUUCAAAGUUACUGCCAUAGUGAAUAAGACUACUGAAGGUAUACCAAGCAACAUUUCUACUUACACCAAGCCUUCACGUGUCUCAGACCUAAAAUCAGAAGACAAUGACAGUACAGUCAUUACAGCAUCUUGGAAACUACCUGUCGGUGAUGCUUCGGGUUAUUAUUAUUGUAUUAAAGAAGCCACUACGUAUAUUAACUGCAAUGAGUCUAUUAACAACAAUAAUUGCACUAACUGCAACAUUACAACAGACAAGUUCAUACAAGUGACAGGUAAAAUACCUGGCACCAAACAUUUUCUCUCUGUGGUGGCACUAACAGACGAUAACACAAUAUCAGGAGAAAUGGUUCAAAUCGAUGCAUAUACAUUUCCAAGUACUGUGACACUUUAUUUGAGCUCAUCUAACCAAACCAUAGAAGCCAACUGGAAAUUACAAGGGAAUCAUGCUAAAUUUGAAGUGACGAUUGAACCACCUGAUGCCAAGCCUGUAAACAUUACGGAUUUGAGUUACACUUUCACUAAGCUAAAGGCAGGAGUGAAGUACACCGUCACAGUUGUCACUUUUGUAGAGAAUGGAUUGAAAAGUUCUGCUGCUACUCAAUCAAUUUUUACUCUCCCUACUAGCCCCAGGCUGGCAAGAGCCUUCACUUUAAGCAGUAAUGCCAUAAAUCUAACUUGGGAAGCUCCAGAGGAGUCAGUGGGAGCCUCUAACAUUACGUAUGAGGUGACAUAUUCAUCUGUCUUUUGGGGAAACAAGAAAACAAUAAAUGUAACAAGCGAAUACAUCAUUAUGAUUAAUCUGACAUCAGGAACAAGGUAUGACUUCAAUGUCUGUGUUGUGGCUGAUCAAUUGAGGAGUAAACCUGUCAGUACUUUUCAGAUGACAGAGCCUAUAAAGAAGACACUGACAUUCACAGUGUUGUGUACCACUGAAACUCCGCUUUACUGUGGUACCGAACAAGCUCAGAGUGACACAAUAAAUGAGCUGAAAACAUAUAUUAACCACACAUUUGAUCAAAAAUAUAUACACUGGAACCUUACAUGGAUAGACAGGAAAUGAUGAUGUCACAAUGCCUACAGCAAAACUUGGUUUGUAAAAAACAAGCUGACAGAUGAAAAAACCUUCAUAAAUCUCCCUUGUUGUUUUUACUUGUAUUGCUUAACAAGCUAGCAAAUAAUCACAAGUUAUAUUUAACUCUGACUCUAAUCUUAGUUUUGAAUUUAUUCGGUCCAUUCAUUCUCAUACAAAACUAAGUAGUUUGUUUCUUUCAUUUAAAAAAAAAGAAAAGGCUUUAUGCAUUGUCUGGGAGAAUGCAGAAUUUGUCUUUGUCCCUCACUUCUUUUCGGCUCUGUUACACAGAGACAUAUUCCACCCUUUAAAAAUAAUGGUUUAACCUUUUUAGAUGUAACUUUUGAGAGAGUCCAUUUCAUUUUGUCUUUUUGACCACAGUUCAAACAUACAGUAAGUUCAAUAUACACUCUGUUUUAGAGAACAAAUACAAACAUAUUUACUUUGAAUAAUGCGGUGUGGUGUCAUGAUCUUUGUUGGUUUAGGAAGUAGACAUUUUGGCACUGAUUUUCAACCCUGUAAUAACCCUGACACAUUUUAAAGUGUAGCUGGGUUUAAAGAUUUUUGCAUAAUGUAUUGAAAAAAAAUGUCAACAAAUUUCAAUUAUAAUGUGUGAUGUCUUGCAAAGCACACCAAACCGAGUGAUAUUAUCAGACUGUUUUUUGUAUAUAUUUGAUAUUAUAUAUUUUAUCUAUUCAAAUUAUAUGAAUUGCAAACACUGAUUUAGUUACUGUUGGUAUAGACUUUUUUGCAGUGCUGUAAGGCUGUGUUCCCAUUCUGAAAUGAAAUGUUAGCAUAUAAAUGGCAUAGUAAGCUUAUGUUUGCAUCAAGGACCAAAUAGCCUUGCUGUAGGCCUAUCUUAUUUUUCAUCACGUUUGUCAUGUCCACUUAUUCUUAAGGUAUUUUGUCUUUUGAUGAUGACAUUAAGUAAAAAUGCUGCAGUAAAAUAAUGUUAAUUGGUUAACAUGUAUAUGGUAAAAGAUGAUUAUAUAUUCAACAAGACAAUACGUGUAAUUUUACUGUAAAAUAUAAAUACAGUAAUAACAAUGAUGUUUUUAGAUGUAUGAUUUUACCUUAAAAUUAAUGGGGAAAAAAUUAUAUUAUGUUUAACAAGAGAAUACAUGUGCUUUUACUAUUGAAAAAAAUAAUUAUCAAGUGUUUUCAGAAGUCCUUGUAUGACCCAUCACAUUAUAUAUAUAUAUAUAUAUAUAUAUAUAUAUAUAUAUAUAUAUAUAUAUAUAUAUAUAUAUAGAUAGAUAGAUAGAUAGAUAGAUAGAUAUCUUUGUAGUUUAGAUUUUUGUAGCUACAGGAGGUUGGUAUAUUAAGUUUAUAUCAUGUAAUGGGAAGAAAAGACAUCCUGUAAUCCCUGAAACACAGUCACUGUAUUUUCACAGCUUCUGCUAUUUUACCAUAAAUUUAACAGUUUUUUUUUUUUUUUUUACAGUGCAUACCAUUGUGUUCCAAUUUUCCUUUGUCAUUUAUUGUGUAUAUGCAUUAGUGAAAUUAUUAAUGUUCUCUUAUGGUUUUCUAUGAAAUGGCAUUGUUUAGCCUAUAUUGCUUGUUGUUUGGUAUGCUCCAUGGUUUAUUGUUAGUUUUCAAAUUUAGUUUGCUUUGAGUAUUGCUUCAUGUGAAUUUUACGCUUGAUUUAAAAAAGUUAAUUUGAAUUCAUGGGAAAAUCUUUAUCAAUUACUACUGAAUUCUUGAAAUAAAAUCUUUA